AAACUAUCGUGGUUAGAUUUUCCCGCUCUUGGUAGAGUCGAUCAUCGUUUUCAGUUAGGAUGAACGUCAGCAUUUACGACUAUCCACGAGAGAUGUGGUACAUAAUUCCAUUCUGGGAGCUACUUCUCAAAACUCUAACCUUCAUUCCCGUCAUCACGUUUGGCAUCUUCGGCAACAUUGCUCUACUGUGCAUCAUCUGUACCAUCCGGCCGUUGAGGACACCGACGAAUAUUUUGAUUGCGAAUUUGGCUGUUGCGGAUUUGGCAACUGUCGUGAUAUGUCCAAUCAUGUUUAUGGUGCAUGACUUCUAUCAAAACUAUGUAAUGGGAGAAGUUGGAUGUAAACUAGAAGGUUUUCUGGAAGGUUCAUUGCUGAUCACGUCUGUACUAUGUCUAAGCGCCAUCAGUUACGAUCGUUUGACAGCUAUUGUGUUUCCUAGACAUUCCCGACUAACUACUCGAGGAGUUUCGGUCCUAGUGUUUUGUGCAUGGUUUUUCGGUUUUCUGUUAGCAUUACCCUUGAAUGUCUUCCGUACCUAUAAGGAGCGGCAGUGGAACAACUAUCUGGAGUCAUUUUGUGCAGAAAAUACCAAUUUCUUACCUCAGUACUGGCACGUGCUGAUCACUGCUCUCGUUUGGUUUCCACUAUUGGUAAUGGUUUGUUGCUACAGUUUAAUUUUCCUGAAAUUGGAUCGUUACGAAAAAAGGGUUCUGAACAGGGAACACCCUAUUUCAGUGCGCUAUAAGAGAAAAGUGGUCAAAUCCAUGUUCAUAGUAUUAGUGGUGUUCAUUUUAUUUCGAAUUCCAUUCACAACAUUAGUUUUCAUACGCUAUAACCGUUUUGUAAACGAAAGAACUAAUCAAUUAGGAUUGGACUUUUCAAUCCUUUGGUACACGUCCCAUUAUCUGAUGUUCCUCAACGCAGCAAUCAAUCCUUUGAUAUAUGGGUUGACUAAUGACAACUUCCGGCGGGCUUACAAUAAGACCAAAGUGUGGAGAUGCUUCUGGGAUAAUGAUCGUUUGAAUAAGAUGAAUUCCCAAAAACAACCUGCAGUGGUUGCCAUCAGUAAAUUGCAACCUCGGGGUCCCUGUGCAAAUGAUCAACUCGUUAACCGUUCCGACUGGAUUGCAUACCCAAAAAAUGAUGCUUUAACCGCGAUUUCCGUUGAAACGAGAUCAUCUCAACUGAAGCCUACUACCGAGGAUACCGGCAAAGGAUCGUUCUUCGCGUCUAACCUGAUAAACGCGGAACAGCCCCAGUUUAAAAACAGCAAACUACAGUCGUCUGGAUAUAUUUAA